AUGAACUCAAAAAGCGAAACUGACGAAGCUUCAAGGGGGAGCGAAGCAUCAUCGUCUAAUAAUAUACCAACCCCAAACAAUUUAGAAGAUUCAUCUCAACCAGUUUUAUGCUUAAAUCCAGUUUUGGAUAGCACUCAAGACAUUAUGAAGCGUGCCGCUAAACAAUUGAUUGAGAGAUAUUUCUAUCAGUUACUAGAUGGCUGUGGUAAUCCAAACUGUGUCAACCAAUACUGUGCAUCCAAUCUUCAGGCCAGACAUUUAACACCCAAUGAAGCAGCAGCAGAGGCAAUCAAGUUAGCAGAACACAAAGAAGCACGGCUUUGUGACAGUUACCCAAAUAAGGUACCUCGCACUGAAACCAACAACUGUGAUUCUAGUGCCAGCACAACAUGUAAUACAUCAAAUAUAACAGAUAAAAAAAAUAGCAAUGAUGAAAAGCCUGAAUCAUCAUCAUCUAAUAAAGUGAAAGAAGAAAAUUCACCAAAAGAACAGGAACCUGAAACUAGUCAGAAUUUAUCUCAAGAAGACAAUAAAGACAGUAGUCAUAAUAAUGGUGUACCCUUGACAGAGGAACGCAUGUGUCAGCUUUGUGAUGAUUGCCUUCAGACUAAAAUACCACAGCCAUUAAUAAGAGCACUCGGGGAAGCAUUCACACAACCUGCUAUAUUGGCCAGGUCAUUUCAGAGCAAAUUGAGAGAUAGUAAGACCACAUGUGAAGAAGAGAACAAAACUGAUAAGGAGUCAAAAGCCAUGUGUUCGACAAGUGAUCCAGAUAAAGACAUUGACAGUGUAACUGGACCUGGCUUAGAUGUGGCGUCAUGUCAUAGAGCAUUUCAGUAUCUUGCAAAAGUGCCAUCAGAAUACUACAGCUCGGCGCUAGUCACGGCGCUCACAACGUUAGCCGAACACCUGAUGAUAGACCUGAGGAUAAAUCAAAAGAUGAGCAUGGAGGAUGUGGUGAAUUGUUUUGUGAUAGCCUUUGAAAUGCCUGAUCUUGGCUGCAGUGAUUACCUGGAAAUAGCUUUACCCACACUCUGUCUCGCUGCUGAGCAUUUGCCUGUUAAAGCUCAAGCUAGACUGGCACGGGUGUGGGCACAACAUUGCAAAGAGAGUUUACGCCACAUCCUAGACACAUUGCAACAGCUCAUAACUCUCAGAAUCAUAUCCACUAACUAUACAAGGCAUUAUCAAGUCCAAGAUGAUGAGAGCGUGACAAGGGCAACAAAGCUUAUGAAGAUACUAUACUACGCGAACAUGUUAGCCGGCAUAGUGGAACAUAACUCUCAACAAGAAGAGCCUAUAGUGAUAGCGAACCAGCUGGAUCCAUUAGGCGAUGCCUUGUAUGAUUUCUUGCCACUUUCCUCCAUGAAGAACUCUAAGCAGUCGCAACCAGAAGAUCCUUUAGCCAUUGAAUUAGAUAUAAAUGUAUUAGAUGCUAGGAAGCCAUACCUGCCAUUUGAGGAAUUCUACAAUGAACCUCUUAGUGAUACUAUAGAAAUGGAUAUAGACUUUGCUAGCUAUAAAACUGAUAUUACUAAUGGUAAGAAGUUUGCGUUCCUGCGGUACCCGUUCAUCCUGACGGCGGCGAGCAAGUCGCUGGGGCUGUACUACGAGAACCGCAUCCGCAUGUACUCGGAGCGGCGCGUGUCGCUGCUGCACGCGGUGGUGGGCGCCGCGCCGCCCGCGCCCUUCCUGCGCCUCACCGUGCGCCGCCACCACAUCAUACACGACGCGCUCGUCGAGUUAGAAAUGGUAGCAAUGGAGAGGGCGUUAGACCUUAAAAAGCAGCUUGUGGUGGAGUUUGAAGGCGAGCAAGGCGUGGACGAAGGUGGUGUCAGCAAGGAGUUCUUCCAGCUCAUUGUGGAAGAAAUUUUCAACCCAGAUUAUGGGAUGUUCACUCAGCAAGUUGACUCACACACUGUUUGGUUCAACCCUACAUCGUUCGAAACUGAGGCGCAAUUUACAUUAAUCGGCAUAGUUCUUGGCUUGGCGAUAUACAACAACAUUAUAUUGGCGGUGAAUUUUCCUAUGGUUGUUUAUAGGAAACUCAUGGGCAGGAAAGGUUCUUUUGAAGACUUAGCAGACUGGAAUCCUACUUUAUACAACGGUCUAAAAGAUAUGUUAGAUUAUAUGGAAAGUGAUUUAGAAGAAGUGUAUUACCAAACAUUUAGGAUAUGCUACCAAGAUGUGUUUGGUAACAAUCUUUUCCAUGACUUAAAAGAGAAUGGAGACAGUAUAUUUGUUACACAGGAAAAUAAGAAGGAAUUUGUGGACUUAUAUGCAGAUUUUUUGCUCAAUAAAUCAGUGGAGACGCAGUUCAAAGCAUUUAGACGUGGAUUCUUGAUGGUGACAGACGAAAGUCCGCUUGGUGCACUGUUCCGACCGGAAGAAGUCGAGACUUUGGUGUGUGGCAGCAAAAAUUUCGACUUCAACGAACUGGAAAAGUCGACGGAAUACGAUGGUGGCUACACGUCUGAAUCGCAAACCAUUAAAGACUUCUGGAGUAUAGUACACAAUCUCUCGUUGGAGGACAAGAGGAAACUGCUGCAGUUCACAACCGGCUCAGACAGAGUCCCAGUAGGGGGCUUAAGCCACUUAAAGCUGGUUAUUGCGAGGAAUGGACCAGACUGCGAUCGUUUGCCAACGGCACACACUUGCUUUAACGUAUUACUGCUUCCUGAAUAUGAGAACAAAGAAAAACUCGAGGAUAGAUUGAUGAAAGCCAUUAGUUACUCAAAAGGUUUUGGAAUGCUUUAA